CGGGAGGGAGGAAGGUACACGUUUGUUGCUGCUGUGGUUCGUCUCUAAGAUGCCAGGAAUGGCGGUGAAACACAUCACGAAGAUCGUCGUCGAUUUUGUAUUAUUAUCGAUAGUGACAGGCUGCAUUUUUGUGGUGAAGAAAAUGUGGCCCCCCUUUCAAAGGGGAAUGUUUUGUGGUGACAAAUCAAUCAGCUACCCUUAUGUUGAUGAUUCUGAUGAAAAAGUGUCUGAUGCAGCCCUAUUGCUUAUUGGGGUUGUCAUGCCCAUGGGCCUGAUGUGCGUCUUAGAAUGGUUCCGUGUGCGUCGCGAACCAGUUGGCAAGAAGGUGGUCAUGUGUGGCCGUGAAAUCAAUUCCUGGUUCUGGGCAGCCUACUCCGCAGUUGGACCAUUCCUCUUUGGCUGUGCAACCUCUCAGCUCACAACUGAUAUUGCCAAGUAUAGUGUUGGUCGCCUGAGACCACAUUUUAUUGCAAUCUGCAAGCCAGAUUGGUCUAAGAUUAAUUGCUCUGAGCCGUAUGUAGACCCCAUUCCUUGCACAAGUGAUGAUGCUCACAGAAUGAAGGAAGCUCGGUUGUCUUUCCCCUCUGGGCAUGCGUCUUUCUCAGCAUUUACCAUGAUAUAUUUUGCGAUCUAUCUUCAAGCUCGUUUCAAGUUCAAAAGCCCCAAGUUGGUACGGCCUUUCCUACAGUUCGUAUGCUUAAUGAUGACCUUCUACACAACCAUUUCCCGUAUAUCUGACUAUAAGCACCAUUGGUCAGAUGUUCUCUUUGGCUUUUUAGAGGGAGCUGUUGUUGCAGUACUUGUCGCUCACUUCGUAUCAGACUUGUUUCCUGAGGAACGGCACUCCAAAGUCACAAAGCACCAGGUUCUUGCUUUACAGGAUUGCCAUGAGGGAGAAAAUGAAAAUAAUACAAUUCGCACUAAUUUAGGUGAAUGAAAUGAUCUUUGCACAAAAUGAAUUUUUAACCACCAUACCACAAAAUACAGAAUCAUUACAUAUUCAUUCACCUAAAUACUAGAUGAGACCAGUGGAAAAUAAAAAGAAAGUUUCCCUAUUUUUAGUUAAUUCUGUUUAUUAGGAGUUUUGAACCAGGUUUGAGGAAAUGCAUCUAAAGUCUGUUGAAAUAAUGUGUACACAUGCUUAUGGAUUUAAGGUGAGCUGCUGUUUAACAGUGCUUACUGCAUUAAAGUCAUUGAAGAGGAGGAGGCACUGGCAAAUUGUGAUGCUUUUUAAAAAUAUUAAGAAUACAUGGUUUGGGUAAUUUCAUAUACUUAUUAGAUCAAGGAAGUACAACAGUUGGAGUACCUGAUAGCAAUUACUGUUUGCUGUUGAGUCUCCUAUACAUGUAUGUCAUUGUAUUACACCUGUAUU